AUGCUGUCGCACCUGAAGGAGCUCAAGGCGGAGAAGAAGAAGGAAUCCAGGUAUGGACACGUCGACAGUGCUGUGGACAUUAGUCCUGGAGGCUUCAGACAGACGCCCAACAAUGCCAUAAACGUGGAAGCGGGAAACGCGAAACAACAGCAGGAGCGUAACCCCGAGGAGUUUUCAGACGAAGACGACGACGACGUGGACACGGAGGCGUCUACAGCCAAGAUGGACAACGAGGACCUAGCGCAUGAUCUGCGGUUCCGCGUGAACGGCAUCGUGGUGGACAGCGAGGUGAAGGGAGGCGCCCGCAAGGGGUGGGAGGGCGUCUACGAAAUUAUGUUCAAGAGCUCCACGCCCUCUGGCCAGCGCGUGGCGCUUGUGCUGCUAGUGAUGGUGUCAAUGAGUGUCGUGGUUGCUGUGCUGGACAGUGUGGACGAUAUUCGAGAGGACAUUGGAAACUACAUGCUGGCUUUGGAGGCCUUCUUCACCGUCGUGUUCUCGGUGGAGUACGCUCUACGCCUCGUGUCUCUUCACAACCCGAGCAGAUUCGCAUUUAGCAUGAUGGGCUUUGUCGACAUGUGUGCGUUGGUGCCCUCGUAUUUGGGCUUCAUUCUGCCGGACGCGAGACCGCUGCUGCACUUAGCAGUGUUGCGUAUCUUCCGAGUGAUGCGCGUGUUUCGGCUGCUUCGUCUCGCUCGAUUUGUGGACGCAGGUGCCGCACUGAGCGACAACAUUCAGUCAAACAAGCGACGAAUUGCCGUGUUCCUCGUCGCGCUGUUCACAAUGAUUCUCGUCAUCGGUUGUGCCAUGUAUCUGAUCGAAGGCGACCGUCACGACUUCUCUAACAUCCCGAUCAGUCUCUACUGGACGGUUGUGACCAUGACCACUGUGGGAUACGGUGACAUCUCGCCGCAGACGAUCGUUGGUCGCAUGCUCGCUACCGUUGUGAUUGCCCACGCUGUCUGCGGCGGCUACACCAAGGAGACGCCAACUUCUGUCGUGUAUGCGGCACGUCACUACGUCAGCCUCGCGCUAAAGCUGUAA